AUGCCACCUUGGCCCACACCCUUGUCGGAAAUAAAGCUCACGUUGUCGACCUCUUGUCCGUCAGCGAGUGAUUCCUCCUAUCACUUACUGGUCAAUAAAAGUGGGGUCAGUUUCACUCUUCUUCGGAGCUUGAAAGUCAAAGAGUCUCAUGCACUUGCUUAUGGAACUCUUUCUUCAAAGAAUCAUCCUCAAGAAUUACAACAUUGGCUUCUUGCUCACUUCUUUAAUGGGGCUCCGGCCCUUAGAAAACCAAAAGAACAAUCUAAUGAUAGACAGCUUGCAUCAGUGCUCAGGCUUGUUUCCCGGGGUGUUAUCCUCUCUUCCCAAGAAAGAGGGCAAAUGGUUCUCGGGCAGUUCCAAAAGAAAAAGAGGGUCCGACGACGAGAAGACUCCCAGAAGGGGGAGCAAGAAGACGAACCUUCUCCCUUAUCUACACAAUCUUCCCAUGAUCCAAUUUCAUCAGCCCAAGUCCCAGAUAUACUUAGGGGAUUUUCCUUCGCGGGUUACUCGUUCCCAGGGGCAAGCCCCGGCUCAAAUGCCUUUGCCACCGCAAAGAAAAAUCUUGAAACCAAAAUCCACCCCAGCAAGGAAGGAAGUGAUCCUGCAUCCUUCAAGAAUUCCAGGCUAGGAGCCUCGAUUGAUCCAUAUCACAAAUUAUCCCCAAAAGAGUCGGAGUCCGGCUCCGUCAGAAGAGGACUCAGUCUCCUCACCGAGGUCUCAGUCAGAAUCGUCAGAAGCUUCAGCUAG